ACCCCAAACCCCAUCACCCUGCCCACGUACAUCCCUCUGGGCUCGCCCUGUGGUCAGAGCCAGAAGUUCCCGGAAUGUUCAGGCCGCUGGGGGCCUGCGGGCUGCCUUCCACCUGAACCCUUGGCAUCUUGAAACCUGGCCUGGAGCCGGCAGAACGGCCAGGCUAAGCUGGGUUCCAGCUGAGGAGGGUAGCACGGAGGGUCCUCCCACCCCAAACUUCACCCUUUCCUUCCUGGAGGACAGCCAAGUCCCAGUGCUGGCGCCAGGCCCCUCCCACUUGAGAACUACAAAGCUUGCAGCUCGGAGAGCGGUCCUGCACUCACCACACCGCGCCCAUCUCAGCCCCACGCAGACACAGACAGGGUCACAAGGCCAAGAUCCAGAGAGAUCAGCCCUGCAGGCAAAUGAAAAUGCAGCCUGAGUUGUGACCCACUGCAGGAACACAAGAUCUAGCUUUGAAUCCCAGCCCCACCACUCUGUGAGCUAGCUCUGUGAGCGCGGACAAGUGGCGCAGGCUCCCUCAGCCUUGGGUUCUUUACUUCAAAGCAAGAAUUCAACAGCUGGCACCACUGACAUAUUGUUCAAGGAAGGAGGCCACACCCCGGCGCCCCUGAGGAGACAGCAUGGAACUGAUCCAGGACACCUCCCGCCCGCCAGCAAAGUAUGUGAAGGGCAUCCCUCUCAUCAAGUACUUUGCAGAGGCACUGGGGCCACUGCAGAGCUUCGAAGCCUGGCCUGAUGACUUGCUCAUCAGCACCUACCCCAAGUCGGGCACCACCUGGGUGAGCGAGAUCCUGGACCUCAUCUACCAGGAUGGCGACCUGGAGAAGUGUCAGAGAGCCCCCGUCUUCAUGCGGGUGCCCUUCCUUGAGUUCAAGGUCCCUGGGGUUCCCACAGGUGUUGAGCUUCUGGAAGAUACACCAGCCCCACGGCUGCUCAAGACACACUUGCCCCUGGCUCUGCUUCCGAAGACCCUGCUGGAUCAGAAAGUCAAGGUGAUCUACAUCGCCCGCAAUGCCAAGGAUGUGGCUGUCUCCUAUUACCACUUCUACCGCAUGGCCAAGGUGCACCCUGACCCUGGUACCUGGGACAGCUUCCUGGAGAAGUUCAUGGCUGGGGAAGUGUGCUACGGGUCCUGGUACCAGCACGUGCGGGAGUGGUGGGAGCUGAGUCACACCCACCCUGUUCUCUACCUCUUCUACGAGGACAUAAAGGAGGACCCCAAAAGGGAGAUCCAGAAGAUCCUGGAGUUUCUGGGGCGCUCCCUGCCGGAGGAGACUGUGGAUCAUAUCAUCCAGCACACAUCUUUCAAAGAGAUGAAGAAGAACCCCAUGACCAACUACAGCACCAUACCCACUGAAAUCAUGGACCACAACAUCUCUGCCUUCAUGAGGAAAGGCAUCACUGGUGAUUGGAAAUCCACCUUCACUGUGGCCCAGAAUGAGCGCUUUGAAGCCCAUUAUGCUGAGAAGAUGGCGGGCUGCAAGCUCCGCUUCCGCUGGGAGCUGUGAGUGGUCCUCUGGAGGGGUGUGAAACAAGCCCAGUCAUGGCUUCAGAAAUAAAAUCUGAUGUCUGUUAAA